AUUUCGCGCGUAGAUCCAGCAUUUCCCAUUUCAGUCCGCGCCACAGAAGCUCAAAAUCAACAUGGCAAACAUAAUAGACGUGCCUAAACCCAGAAUAAACUGCUCUAUGCUCUCGCAGCACAUCAACAGACCCGUGUGCUUUGUAGGGCGAGUGGAAAAGGUUCAUCCCACCGGCAAAACCUUCACUGUUUCAGAUGGAGAGGGAAAAAUAGCCACAGUGGAGCUAAACGAGCCUCUUGAUGAAGAGCUGAGCGGGGUGGUGGAAAUCAUCGGUAUGGUGUCGAACAAAGGAGUCAUCAUGGCGUCCGUGUACAACAUGCUCAGAGAGGAUAAGGGCAACCUCUUUGAUAUUGAGCUGUAUAAUGAAGCCUUGAAGGUCGUCCACGACUUUCCGCAGCACUACCCGUUUGAAGGAGCCGUCAGCGGAUAAGCACUAGAGACACACACAACUGUUCACUUUAUUUUUUUUUUUAUAUCUGUACAAACUUGUUUUCAAAAUAAAAGUAUUGUUCACAAA